AAUUAGUCCAAAACUUUGAAGCAAUCAAAAGAAAAAGAAGGAAGAUGAGCAGUGGGGCACAAAAUAAGGUGGUGUGUGUGACGGGUGGUUCUGGUUACAUAGCUUCAUGGAUAAUCAAGUUCCUCCUCCAACGUGACUACACUGUUAGAGCCACCGUUCGUGAUCCAAGUAAUCCGAAGAAGGUUGAGCACUUGCUGAAACUUGAAGGUGCAAAGGAGAGGUUGCAACUCUUUAAGGCAGAUCUUCUAGAAGAAGCUUCUUUUGACUCUGUUGUUGAGGGAUGUCACGGUGUCUUUCACACCGCUUCACCUGUUUUAUUUACCGUUAAAGAUCCACAGGCAGAAUUAAUCGAUCCAGCAAUAAAGGGAACGAUUAACGUUCUUGAAUCAUGUGCAAAAUCAGCAUCAGUGAAACGAGUAGUUUUAACAUCAUCUUUUGCAACACUUAUACAUAAUGGAAAGCCUAAGCAUCCGAAUGUAAUUGUUGACGAGACAUGGUUUGCAGAUCUAGAUUACUGCAAGAAACAACGCAAGUGGUAUUCAUUUGGGAAAACUUCGGCUGAGAAUGUUGCAAGAAAAUUCCUGAGUGAAAAUAAUAUUGACUUGGUUGUGAUUAACCAAGCAAUGACCAUAGGCCCAUUAUUGCAACCAGAGCUUAAUGCAAGUGUUUCUACAAUUUUAAAUCUAGUCAACGGGUCAGAAACAUUUCCAAAUAAAACCUUUGGAUGGAUCAAUGUGAAAGAUGUGGCUAAUGCACAUAUUCAGGCAUAUGAGAUUGCCUCAGCCAGUGGAAGAUACUGUUUGGUGGAGAGAGUCUCACAUUUCUCUGAAGUAGCCAUGAUCUUGCAUGAUAUCUACCCAACAAUAAAAAUUCCAGACAAGUGUGCAGAUGAUAAGCCUUAUGAGCCAACAUUUCAGGUUUCGAAAGAAAAGGCAAAGAGCUUAGGAAUUGAGUUUAUUCCUUUGGAAGUGAGCCUUAAAGAAACUGUAGAAAGCUUGAAAGAAAAGAACUUCAUUAUAUUCUAGCUAGUUCAUUAGGGGACUACAUCUCAACCAUAAAUUAGGCUUGCAUAUCAAGAACCAAUUCACUACGAAUUUGAUUUUCAUUUAAAGAUUUUGU